CGGGGCGUCGCCGGGAGCGGCGGCUGCUGCAGCGGAGCGCGGAGACGGCGGCGGCGGCAGGAUGCGGGAGUCACGGUUCAGGGACCACUUCUGGAGUACGGAUCUGACGAGCACAGUGGGCUAUGACAGCAUCAUUCAACAUCUGAAUGACGGCAGGAAGAACUGCAAAGAGUUUGAAGACUUUUUGAAGGAAAGGGCAAUUAUAGAAGAAAAAUAUGGCAAAGAGCUCAUUAACUUGUCGAAGAAGAAGCCCUGUGGGCAGACGGAGCUGAACACGCUGAAGAGAUCCCUGGAUGUUUUCAAGCAACAGAUGGACAAUGUGGGACAAGGUCACAUCCAGUUGGCACAAACCCUUCGGAAGGAAGCAAAGAAAAUGGAGGACUUCAGGGAAAAGCAAAAACAGCAUCGGAAAAAGAUAGAGCUGAUAAUGGAGGCAAUUCACAAAAACAGGAAUUUGCAGUACAAGAAGACCAUGGAGGCCAAGCGGCUCUACGAGCAGCGCUGCAGGGAGAAGGACGAGGCGGAACAGGCUGUGCACCGCAACGCAAACCUGGUGACACAGAAGCAGCAGGAGAAGCUGUUCCUGAAGCUGGCUCAGACGAAAUCAGCUCUGGAGGACUCUGACAGGAGUUACCAGCAGAGCAUUUCCACACUGGAGAAGAUCCGGGAAGAAUGGCAGACAGAGCACAUCAAAGCUUGCGAGUUCUUUGAGACUCAGGAGUGCGAGCGGAUCAACUACUUCCGCAACGCCCUCUGGCUUCAUGUCAACCAGCUCUCCCAGGACUGCGUCCAGAAUGAUGAGAAAUACGAGGAAAUCCGCAAGAGUUUAGAAAUGUGCAGCAUUGAGAAGGAUAUUGAUUUUUUUGUAAAUUUACGCAAAACUGGAAGUUUGGCCCCAGCUCCUGUUGUUUAUGAAAACUACUAUAAUACACAGAGAAGUGCAACUCCUGUGAGAAGUCCGGUUCCUGUACCUAUAGCGAGGAGGGGACCUCUACCCACGCCGACCAGCGCGCCAGAUGAGCCUGAUUACGCCACAGUUGACAACUACAGCUUGAUACAUCACUAAUAGUCACAGUUUUCCAGGCAGAAGACACUGUUGGUGUGGCCAGCGUGGCAGAAGUGGUGUUUCCAGUUAUUCCCAGCCACACAGAGCUAAAGUGCUUCUCCGUUUUAAGAAAGUAUUUGAGGAAUCUGAUAAUUAUUUGUACAUUCAGAUAGUGCCUGCUAAAAAUCUGUGCCUUUGAUCAGCAAACACCUUGGACAGAUAUCCCAUCGUGACACUUGGGGGAAGAAAAGGAAUAUAAGCGAUGGACCCAGACACAGGGGCGAUCUGUGUCGGAAGUUUUUGAUUUGAAGUUCUUCUGAAGUGCAGCUAUCUGGGAGAGGCUGGAGCCUCCCUCUCUCCAGAUAACUAAGAAGUCUAUGUGCCAAGGGGAAUGGUACGCGAUGCUUUGGGUGCACUGGCUUAUGUUCAGGGCACGUGUAUCCCACACUGAUCUCAGGUUACACUUUUGCCUGUUUCUAAAGUCUUUCAUUAAUGGGGAUUAAACUUGUAAUUUAGGCUUAAUUUCAGUCAUGUCUCUCAGGGAGCUAGCUUAGAGGAGCACCAACAGUUACACUGUGUAUCUGGCUUAGCUGUAGAUGUGCUUCAGGCUUAAGCGCCGAUACCGGAAGCUGGUUUGCAUCUUCCCUGGUGCAGCAGUCCACAGCGCAGCCACUAGUGAGAGGCUGUGCCACCACAAAUGCUGGGAAGUCCCACGGGAUCUGAAGGACAUCAGUCAGCUCUUCCAACCACCUCUCCCAUGAGGGGCUUGCAUUUUUUUAGGUUCAUGGUAUAGCUUGUCCCUGAUAGGCUCCCCAUUUGAUUAAGUUCUGGGAAUCCCUAAACUGUGGACUCGUUCUGACUAUGCACCAGUGGAAACAAACUUAGCUACUAACUUCGGGCUGGAGCCAUGAAACUCGUUUUCUGACCAGGUCUCCUCAAAGUUUGUGCCCUUUUUGUUACUGUAUAUAUGAUUAUGGCUUUGAUUCAGAAGCUCAUGCACCUCAGGGCUGCUGGUCUUUCUGAAGUCCCUGCGUGCAGUGUUGCUUAAUAGCUCCUCAGUGCCUUAUGACACUGGACACAGGACACGGGGACCAACACACAUUUUAGUUGUCUAAACCUGGUGCCAGGUGACUAAUUUUGUAGCAACAGGAGUUGCUGGUUGUAUGAUGUCCUUCAAGUUGAAUCUGUGUGACUUCAGUGUGUGCCUAAGCCCACUGGUCCCAGGGCUUUUACUGUAUUUCCUUGUGCAGAAAAGAUCAUGGUGAGCUUUAACAUCUGUCCUGCUGCAUUAUAAUGAACUGUGCGAAGUGCGCGUGUCAAGGAAUCACUUGCCCUAUUUUACUUCUGAAACACCAAGUGUACAAUUAUUCUUCUGAAAGAGCCUGCUGUAGUCUUAGUUCUUUAAAUACA